GAGUCUUUGGUUUUGUAACUUCCGGACUUCAGGUUGUUGAUGUUGUCAACUCAGUUGAGUUUAAUGGACUAGAGUGUUGUUAUAAUUGAUGCUUUUAGUUUCUGCAGUUGAUAAAUAUGGAAACUAUUCUUGAACAACAAAGGAGAUACCAUGAAGAACGAGAACGAUUGAUGGACGCAAUGGUCAAAGAAAUGUUGCAUAAGAAGUCCGCCUACCGAGAGGUUAUAAAUUCAGACCACCGUUUGAAGAUGCUUCUGGAUCACUACAUGGACAGUACUAAUAAUCUCAGAGAACUUUAUGAAGAUAAAGAUGGACUUAGAAAGGAGGAAGUGGCUGCACUCUCUGGUCCUAACGAAUUUGCAGAGUUUUAUACAAGACUGAAGGCCAUUAAAGAUUUUUAUAGGCGUUUGCCAAAUGAGAUCAGUAUCCCUAUGUCUGUGGAAUUUGAAGAACUGAAUAAACUGCGCGAAAAUCCCUCAGAUGAACAAGCAAACAUGGUUGAGUUUACGGAUGAAGAAGGUUAUGGAAAAUAUCUUGAUCUUCAUGAAUGCUAUGAGAAGUACGUCAAUCUUAAGGGUAUAGAGAAAGUGGACUACAUAACAUACCUGACUACAUUUGACCAUCUUUUUGACAUACCAAAAGAUAGAAAAAAUUCGGAGUAUAGAAAGUACUUGGAAUCAUUGCUUGACUACCUCCAUGACUAUAUUCAGCGAAUUAAGCCAUUGCUGGAUAUAAAUGCUGAGAUGGAAAAUGUGCAGAAGCAAUUUAAUGCACAAUGGGAAGCUGGAACCUUCCCUGGUUGGCCGAAAGAAACUGGAAGCGCUCUUACUCAUGUUGGAGCUCAUCUUGAUCUCUCGGCUUUCUCAUCCUGGGAAGAACUGGCUUCUCUAGGCUUGGAUCGACUCAAAUCUGCACUUAUGGCUCUUGGACUGAAAUGUGGAGGAACACUUGAAGAAAGGGCUCAGAGACUGUUCAGCACUAAAGGGAAAAAGUCAUUAGAUCCCAAUUUGCUAGCCAAGAACAAACCAGGUAAAGCUGGCCGUGGCAAAGAAAGUGAAAGGCAGAGAGAUAUUGCUGCAUUAGAAGCACAAGUUUACAGGUUCACAGAGUUAGUUUCUGAACAACGAAAUGCUACAAAAGAAAAUGUUCAGCGCAAACAAGCUCGCACAGAAGGAGAACGUGAUGAUUCUGAUGCAGAAGCAAGUGCAAGUGAAUCUGAGGAUGAGGAUGAUACUGAUGUACCAUACAAUCCUAAGAAUUUGCCACUGGGAUGGGAUGGAAAGCCCAUUCCUUACUGGCUGUACAAGCUUCAUGGAUUGAACAUCAGUUACAAUUGUGAAAUAUGUGGCAAUUUUACCUACAAGGGGCCAAAAGCAUUCCAGAGACACUUCGCCGAGUGGCGCCAUGCACACGGUAUGAGAUGUCUUGGAAUUCCAAACACAGCCCAUUUUGCAAAUGUCACACAGAUUGAAGAUGCUUUGGCAUUGUGGGAGAAGCUUAAAACACAGAAGCAGAGUGAGCGCUGGCAACCUGAACAGGAAGAGGAAUAUGAAGAUUCACUUGGAAAUGUUGUUAACAAGAAAACCUUUGAGGAUUUAAAAAGACAGGGCCUUCUCUGAUAUGGUUUAUUAUCAUUGUGUGUGCAUGUGUUUGGCAUGUAUGUGCAAGGUUUUAAAUAUUGAUGGAAAAUAUAAUGUUAGAAAGAAAGAAUGGUGGACUUAUUGUUGUUUGUGAGAACUGUCAGUUCUUAUCAACAUGAAAUUCCAUGUUCUAGCUCAGCAUUUAGUUGUGACCUACUGAGUACUGUGUUAAAUUUUGUCAAAUAAGUGUCACAGCUUUUGUUUUUAAAUGUAGCUCAGCUGUCAACAUAUGCAUUAUUGCAAUUUCCUUUUUAUUUUCUCCAGUGUACAAAAUAUUUUUUGUUUGUGUGUACCGUUUUUCAAUGUAAUGUGCAAUUUGCAGUCUUUGCCCUGUAUGACAUGUCUUUACAUUGCUGUACAGUAAUUUCUUCUGGCUUUCACAUAAAAACUGUUCUUACAAUAA